UUUUAUUUCAAUUUCCAUUUCCAUUUCUUGCUUCACUCGUCACUCACUCACUCAAUGGCCGACCGAGUUCACCCCCGCGACUCGCCCCCUGUUUCCGGAGAAGCACCGACGGUGUCGUCUCAGGAGGAUGCCGUCGUUCCAAAGCCACCGCCUCCGCCACCCUCGGAGAAGCCCGUUCCUCCGCCGGGAACUUACGUCAUCCAGAUUCCCAAAGACCAAGUCUACCGCGUCCCUCCGCCCGAGAAUGCCCGCCGCUACGAUCAAUACACUCGCCGGAAACACCGUCGGUGCCGCUGCUGCUGCUGCUUCUGCUGGUUCAUCGGAUUGAUCUUCAUUCUUGUCGUGCUCCUCGGUAUCGCCGCCGGGGUCCUCUACCUCGUUUUCCGUCCUGAGGCGCCGCACUACACCAUCAAUCAAAUCGCUAUCAGAGGAAUUAACUUGACUUCGCCGUCGUCUACUGCAGCGAUCUUGCCGGAGUUCGACGUCACCGUUAAGGCCGACAACCCUAACGACAAGAUCGGAAUACAUUACGAGACGGAUAGUUCAGCUGAAAUCUUCUAUAACGACGCGAGGCUGUGUAACGGCGCUCUGCCGGCGUUUUACCAGCCGUCAAAUAACGUGACGGUGUUUACGACGGUGUUAAGGGGGAACGGAAUCGAGCUGAGAAAUGAGGAUCAAAAGGCCUUGCUGCAGGCGCAGACCAAACGCGAAGUGCCGUUGACCGUUAGGCUGAGGGCGCCUGUGAAAAUAAAAGUGGGGUUGGUUAAGACGUGGAAGAUUACCGUUAAGGUGGACUGUGAUGUAACGGUGAAUGAGCUAACGGCGCAGGCCAAGAUUGUUUCAAAGCAUUGUAAUUACAAAGUGGAUCUUUGGUGAUGAAACUGUAUACAAAAUUGUGUGUUUUAUUGUAGAGAUAGGAAGGAACCCUUUUAAAAGAUUAUAAUACAUUGUUUUUAUUUAAUACAUAGUGUAGUGAUAUUUGCAGAUAUUAUAUACAUUUUUCGUAUACAUCAUGGUAGCACAUCCAUGUUAUAUGUUUAUUUAGUAUU